CUCUAUGAUGUUUCUAUGGCUCCUAUGGGUCUCUAUGUGUCCCCCAUAUGUCCAUAUGGGUCCAUAUAGGUCUCUAUGGGGUCUCUACGUGUCCCUAUGGGUCUCUAUGAUGUUUCUAUGGCUCCUAUGGGUCUCUGUGUGUCCCCCAUAUGUCCAUACGGGUCCAUAUAGGUCUCUAUGGGGUCUCUACGUGUCCCUAUGGGUCUCUGUGAUGUUUCUAUGGCUCCUAUGGGUCUCUGUGUGUCCCCCAUAUGUCCAUAUGGGUCCAUAUAGGUCUCUAUGGGGUCUCUAUGUAUCCCUAUGGGUCUCUUAUGUGUCCCCAUAUGUCCAUGUGGAUCCAUAUAGGUCUCUAUGGGUCUCUACGUGUCCCUAUGGUUUCUGUGUGUCCCCAUAUGUCCACGUGGGUCCAUAUAGGUCUCUAUGGGGUCUCUAUGUGUCUCUAUGGGUCUCUAUGUGUCCCCAUAUGUCCAUAUGGGUCCAUAUAGUUCUGUAUGGGGUCUCUAUGUGUCCCCAUAUGCCCAUAUGGGUCCAUAUAGGUAUCUCUGUGGGUCCCCACGUAUCCCCACGUAUCCCUGGGUUCCCACGUAUCCCUAUGGGUCUCCAUUUAUCUCUAUGGGUCCCCACGUAUCCCUAUGGUCUCCAUUUAUCUCUGUGGGUCCCCACAUAUCCCUAUGGGUCUCCAUUUAUUCCUAUGGGUCCCCACGCAUCCCCACGUAUCCCUACAGGUCCCCACAUGUCCCCACGUAUCCCUAUGGAUCCCCACGUGUCCCCAUGUAUCCCUGUGGAUCCCUACGUGUCCCCACGUAUCCCUAUGGAUCCCCACGUGUCCCCACGUAUCCCUAUGGAUCCCCACGUGUCCCAAUGUAUCCCUGUGGAUCCCUACGUGUCCCCACGUAUCCCUAUGGAUCCCCACGUGUCCCCACGUAUCCCUACGGAUCCCCACGUAUCCCUAUGGGUCCCCACGUGUCCCCACGUAUCCCCACGUGUCCCCACAUAUCCCAAUGUGUCCCCACAGAUCCCCACGCAUCUCCAUGUAUCCCUAUGGGUCCCCACGUGUUCCCACGUGUCCCCACGGGUCCCCAUGUAUCCCCACGUGUCCCCAUGUAUCCCUGUGGAUCCCCACGUGUCCCCAUGUAUUCCUACGUGUCCCCACGUGUCCCCACAUCUCCCCACGUAUCCCCAC